CAAAAUUUUAUACGCUUCACUACUCAUCUCAUGGAACUCAUUGUUAAUCCACUUGAGCAUCAGCUAUUGGGCAUUUGACUAUUAGACACUAUCAAAUAAUCCGCACAUUUCAGAGGGAGUGUUAUAUCUGUUCCCGGUAGCGUUGUGCAUCGAUUAUAGAGCUGGAAAAGGGAAGCAUCUGCUGGCGCAGCAACAUAUCAUCAUGUCCUUUCUAUUUGACUGGAUGUCUCUGCACUCCCUGGACUUGAAGUCCAAAGUGAACUCGAUGUUGGAGCAUAUGUCGAUUCCACACUUCCCAGAUAAGGUCAGUAUCACAGAGCUGCUCUGGGGCGACUCCAAGCCUGUCUUUGAGCUUUUGGAUAUCGUUGAGUUAACCGAGGAAAGGUUUAAAGGGUUAUUCAAAUUUGAAUACAGUGGUGAGCUGAAGGUUGUGCUUCGCUCCAACAUCGAGAUCAACGCGAUAAAUCUCAUCGACUACGACGAUUUCACAAAGCCUCACUACGUAUUGGCGAACUGCUCGACGGUUUUACCUGUGGAUUUCACCAUUGAUAAGUUACGCCUGGAUUUGCUGUUCACCGUGGUUACAAAAGGUGACAACGUCACAGUGGUUUUCAACGAUGAGCCGAUGGUUGAUCUGGAGAUACACACCACCAUUGAUGAGCUCCUGGAUGAUGACUUGUUUGAGAUGUUGAAAACCGAUGCCUUGAACAUUGUCACGGAGUAUCUGAAACAGGACCUGCCUGGGAUGAUUGCCAGAUCACAUCACUUGGAAGAGCAUCAUUUCAAGGAGUUGGAACGUAUGAGACGGAGCUACUAUGAAGAUGAUGAGUUUGAAAGGGACUGUACGCCCUUAACUCUUCCACAGAGGAUCAACACACAAGGUUACGAUACCCUUUCGCUGAAAGCCAGUGGAGUGGAAGGGGUUGUGCAGAGGAUAUCGUUAUCACAGCCGCAGUAUCAACAGGAGUCCACUCCGGUGAGCAGCACCAAGAAGAGAAGAACUAUAAAGAUGAGGACGAGGAACAGGAAGACAACUACUUGUAAUACACCCAAAUUAGACCCGACUACAGAGACGCAGCAUUCGCAUCUAUCGUCACCAACAUUACUAAAUGGAGCAUAUGAGACCAAUGGUUCUCUAGAUGAGUAUCUGAAGCAGGAAACACUGGUACUCUCAGACACUCUUUCACAUCUGGACCCAUAUGAAAGCCUGACCCAUCCCAUGGACAUUGAUGACGACGACGAUGACAACAGUUCCACAACAUUUAUGAUAAACGAAAAAUUGAUGAGACCAAGAGCGUUCUCAUCGAACUAUAUAAACCUCUCAUGAUUUGAUCUCCAUUGAUUAUGAUUGCCUUUUGAUAAUUAUAAUUAUAACCAUA